UUUCGGGACGGAACGUUGAGCAAGAAGAGAAUGGUUCGACGGAUGACAGGCCCGAACUGCGCGCUGUAAGAUCCAUUCGUAGUUUGCUGGCAGGGACCCUCUACUCCUCCAUGGGGAACAUCGACAGAUUCUCCUCCGGGAAGAUUGAUGAGACGAGAUGGUCUUAGCAGAGCCCCGGUCCGGCCAGCCGCCUGCUAAAAAGCUCACUCAGUAGCAGUAUGUAGGGCUAGUUUAUAGAAGAACCGUUGCGAGCUUUGUGAUGGUUUCCUUUGCUCUGGUCUUUGCUUUCGAAACCUUACAUUUUGAUGAACAAGUUAAUUCAACGCACCUCUUCGUACAUAUGGCCGAGACACACGAUUUACAGUGCAUUUCCGUUUUCUUUUUGAAUUAUUAACAAAGGCUCGGUAUAGCACAGCGUUGGUUUGAAUCUUGAAUCUUGAAUCCGCUGUCAGCACCUGCAACCAACACCACGACACGACGCGGUGCUACACAACGCAACGCAAUUCAACUCAACGCAAACAUGGCCACACCAACAGUCGAUCUACCGCCUACCUGUGAAGAAGAGGUCUCCGCGCCCAUACUGGAUCACGCUCAAGGCUUGGUAUCGGCGAUUGGAGUAGCAGCUGUGGCAGCUGUGGCGGUAGGAGAUGGCCUCACAAGUGGACUCGGAUAUACCAAGUCAAAAGCUUUCCAGGGUCACAUGGGGCAAGAAGAUGGCCAGAUCUAUCAAGUAGAACAUCAGGAUGCACGAGAGGCAAAACAACAAAGGAGCCUAAGAGAAGCGCAGGAGAAGUGGGAUGCUGCAACCAUGGGAGCGGCAACAAGGGUCGAAACAGUUAUAGCGGCGGACGGAGUAGGAGGAGGCGGAGGAGGAGGAGAGCCAGAAGAUGGAGGAGGGCCUGAAGGGGUGCACCUUCCGCCUAGAAAAGGCGCUGAUGCGGCAGGUCAACAGGUCAGAGCUGCUCUUUCCCGCACCCGCCUUGGCCGUUCGAACCCCUCCAUCUCCAGCUCCGGCUCCAGCUCCAACUCCAACUCCAACUCCAGCUCAGGCGCAUCUUCAUACAACACCAACGCCACCACCACUUCAGCUGCUGCAGCUUCGCAGAGCAACGCCUUGAACUUUACACAAACUGGUCGCAUUACAAAAUCUCGCCAUCGCGCCUCUCUUUCAGCCCCGAUCGCGGCCUCACUAGUUACCGCUGCCAUUACAGAAAGUGCCAGGUUAUCCUACGAGGCAAAGCUCACUGCGGCCCUCGCUGCAAGUAUACCUGGCAAGAUGGUCGGCAGCCAUUCGAGCACGACAACUACGGCUUUGCCCUCACUAAAAGCCAACGGUUUGUCAUCGAUGUCACCCACUCCCAGGACAAACAGCUCAACACCAACUAUAAGCAAUUCUUCCAUUGACAAAGACCAACCUGUAAUUUCCUUCUGGGGCCCUGAACCUAUCGCUCUCCCCUCACGUUUUGUACGCAUCAAGCAGAACCUCAUUCGCGGUCACGAGGCCGAGCUCGAAGCUAGCUGGGCUCGUCUCAUUACAGCGCUGCGCAAAGAGGUUAGUCAUAUAGAAGAUCUUGGCGCCCACCUUAUUCCCUCAAUCGAAUUUGGCGAUCUUGAUGACUCUGUUCAGACUGCCCGUUUCGGGCAUGAUCUGAGGCGCUAUGGUGUUGGAGUCGUCCGCAAGGUUGUUCCCAGAGCAGAUACCGAUACUGCAGUCCGCGAGACCGUCGAUUAUCUUGAUAGCAAACGGCAUGUGAAAGCAAAAGCAUUGCAGCAACAUGACCCUGCAUGCUUCGACUUCUUCUGGACUCCCGCGCAAGUCCGUUCGAGAGCGCACCCUAACGUUCUGAGCGCCCAACGCUUUAUGAUGGGUCUCUGGGAGACUAGCCCCGACGACCAACUUGUCACACGACUUCCUAUUACCUACGUCGAUCGCAUACGUGUGCAUGGGAAUAGCGAGAACCAGUCUAACAGCCUCAAUGUCCCACCUAAUGAACCACCGCAAUCUGCCAAUGAUUGGAUACAAGCUUUACAAUCCUCUGCAGGUAUCACCGCCCAGGUCGAUAACGGGUCCCUUGAGCGCUGGGAGCCCGAUGGGUACCAGCACGCGGGAACCUAUAACCACAUCUUCCAUGGAAAAUGGGAGGAUUACGACCCAUGGAAAUGUACCAGCCGAACAUCUGUGACUACUGACCUUUACAAUGGUUACGGUGCUUGUACUAUCUUCCGCAUGUUCCAAGGAAUCUUGGCCCUCUCUACCGUCGAGCCUGGGAUGGUGCGUCUCUUGCCCUCACCUAAGCUUGCGACAGCUUACUACCUGCUUCGUCCGUUCUUCACAACCAAGAAUCCACCACCAGAGAAUCGCUCCGGACCUGAAUGGGAGGAAUAUCUUGCUCCCGAGAACUGGAAGUUGCAAACAGAACCUGAUUCCAUUAUUCAUGGAGCAGUUCCCGGUCACGCACAGAGAAUCACCGAAACUUGGCAUCCUCAUCUGCAUCUAAGAAACAGCAUGAUCACGUUGCCAACUCUGCAGCCUGGUGACUACAUAUUCUGGCAUCCGGAUCUUCCAUACUACCUUUCCAGCAACAACUAUGGUCUCAAAACGCCCAGUGGCAGUAAGAGUGAGGUAAGCAUGCUGGUGUACAUACCGGCAGCUCCACUCACGCAAACAAAUGCACUUUAUCUUGCGCGACAGAGGAAAGCGUUCCAAAGGGGCCACCCCGGACCCGACUUUGACUCCACCGGCAGAGGUAUCGUCGAAGAAGAUGCUGAAACUCGUCCUGGAGAAAAAGAAAUCGCUGAAGUCGGGGGACCAUCCUCAUUACAGGCCAUGGGGCUCGCUCCGUGGGAAGUCGCUGGCACUCGUUCUGGCACACCACCUCCCGAAAAGUCGAAGCCCAAGAGCGAGGUAGAUUCUGAGAUGGAGAUUGAUACCGAUACAAAGAGUUCUGCAAGCACACCGCCAAAUUCUCGAGCUGAAGCGGAGGUUGUGCGUUUGGCUAACAUUAUCCUUUUCCCUGAAAGAUCAAUGCUGGGGUAUUCUGUGUGAACAAGCAAUAACGCUCGUUCUAAAAUAUUGCUCUUAAGCCACAUUAACCUUUUGGAUACCUUUUUCCAUUGCUUCUUUCAACCUCCAAUAGCAUACCAUCCGAGCUGAGAAUUUAGCAUAUAUCUAUGAACUCCACCGCGAGAUCAAGGGGAAGCAUUACACAGGAGUUACGGAGUUAACACGGGAAUUCAUGUUAGACAGAAAUCUUUAUCAUUGAUAUACAAAAUGCGAUUCGUGUCUACCUUCUAC